GGGCUAUCGUUUUGUCCGCUGACUACUAAAUUGCCAAUCUUCUCUCACCAUCGGUUAUCACAGCAUUCAGCAUUGUUCGUACACUACAACCCAGAGUGGAACGUACAACACGGGAAGACUUGUAUUUUCUGAAAUGGAGACGACUAUGGAUGCAAGACAAGCUGAACUGCAGUAUCACCCCAAUCCUGAGGAGUUGGAGGCAUUUGUCAAUGUACUUCUCGACAAGGACAUGCCUGUGUAUAUUGAAAACCCAGAAAGCCAAGAUCUUCUGCUCCACCAACAUGAGGAUGAAGAAGUUGCCCCCAUGUUUUACUUCUCCGAACAUCAAUACCUUGGCAACUCAAUCCAGCUACCUGGCCACGACAGCCUUGAGGACCAUGUAGCGGCCAAGAAUCCCUUUACGUUGCAGAAUGGGCUCGUAGUGACUUAUGGAGACAUCAACGCACUUUCCGGGGAUUAUUUUGGAUUGAUGACUCCGAUCGCCAGGGGAGCUACACCAAAAGACCGCAUUGAUCGUUUUCAACAAAGCUUCGACCUCCUGUCCGUGGGAGAUGUAGGUAAACUUCGUGCUGAAGCUGUGAUCGCCAAAUUGAAGGUUCUCAUGGCCGCGGUGGACGACGCUAUCCAACACAACCCAGGGGGUGUUCACAAAGCUUAUCAAGACCAUCCUCUGGACAUAGACGCGCUCAAACAGGUCACAGUCUCGUAUAGGGCCGGAGCCGAUUUCGAUGUCCUUGCGCUUCACAACAUCGACCACUUUGGGGCUGAAGCUCGUUUGACAUACAAUGCUGGUCAUGCCUUGGCUCUUGAUACAGCUGCACGAGGCGAUCUUGAGAAGGCAUAUACCAUCAACGCCUUUGCAGACCACUUCUUACAGGACUCGUUUGCAGCCGGUCACGUUCGAGUUCCACGUAAUGCUCUCUACUCUAUCGACGUUAAGGUCGACUUUUCGACAAGCUUUUUGAAGGCGAUCGCGUCAAACGUCAUGCAUGAUGAAGAUGGUGAUCUAGGAUUACGUGUCCAAAAUCCUGCUGGAGAUAAAUGGAGGAUUUAUGGAGAUACCAAGCUCUUUGACCCCGUCAACGGCGACAACCUUCGAAUGUGUACAAAGGCAAUCCAAGUAUCAGUCCAAGAGGUGUAUGAUGCCUACAAGUCCGGCAAGGCCAUUGACGAGUCACAAUUUGGCGCAUGGAAACUGGCUCCAGUCUUGGAGCUUAUCUCGUCAGACCCAGAAAACCAUUUACCGCUUCUGUUUGUGAAGCCGGAUGGCAAGGUCUACAAGCGAAAUGGUACUCCAGGUCAGGGAGUGCUGCUAGAGAGCUUCACGGAUUACAUUAAACUUUUGCUUGAGAAUUGGAAAAGGCUUGAAAAUCAGGUUCAGCUGCAACUCGAGAAGCUCGUGUCGAACAACUUCGGCUCAUUCAUGAGUGCUCUUCCGGAUGGUCAGAUCGCGCAUUAA